AGUGGUAAAAGAUCGUAACUUGUAACGGGUAGCUCGGGUUUUUUUUUUUACUUGGAAUAUUAUCCAAAAUAAUUAUUAUUUUGUGGAUCAUGUAUAAUGAUUCUCCGUUAUCAGGAAAGAAUUUAAGAGAAGGCCGUUUCCUUUUUAACAGUCAACAGACGGCGCCGGUUAGCUUCAAUUUUCCCUCUUCCGACUUCACUCAGACAGUCUAAGUCGCCGACUUUUUCCUCGCCAAAACCCCGCCAUCCCUAAACCCUAAUUUCGCAAUCUCCGUCUACAAUGCCGGGACUCGCACCGGCCGAUUCCGCCGGCGGGGGGCCCGACUCAGUUAACGGAGCACUCGUGCCUUACUUGCCAGAUUCUCAUGUCUCAGCUAUAUACCCGCUCCGACACGGUCUGAACCCACCGAUCUCCCGCGUCUCCGUCUCAUGGGGCCGCGGCAACUCCCUCCGCGUCUCAGUUUUCCGGCAGCCGGAUUCCGACGGAGGAGAAGUCGGCGGUAAAGUAGUGGAGUUGACUCUCGGCAAAAGCAGGGACGGCGAGAUCAGUGACACUCAGUGGCGGAAAAUCGCGUACGGCUCCGUCUCCCCCUUCGCACUUCUCCAGAGCCGGAAAAACUCGGCUGCCAGCUUGUCCAGGAUGCAAUUGUCUCCCUCUCCUUAUCACCUUGAGUGGUGGGAGUAUGUAAUGGAGUACAGUAAGGACAUAAGCGCGCUUCUGGGGGAUCCCAAAUCGGUUGGAGCUCCAUUGAUUGAAGAUCCGAAUGAGGUUUUUAUAAAGAAAAGUGAGGAGCCAAGCAGUUUGAAGGCAGCAUGGGAGCUGAUGGAAAUGUUCUAUGUGGAUAAGUUAUCUCAAGCAUGGUUGCCUGAACGGCUUGUUGAUUGGUUAGCUGAUUAUGAUAGCCUUAUAUCUGUCGAUCUGCCAACUGUUCACUCGAAGCUUGUGGAAUUUCAGAGUAAAAUCGUCACCUUACAGGUAAUUGAGGAUGAUCCCAGGUAUUGGGACUUGAUAUCAUCAGCACUAGCUGUUGGAUGGUUGGAGAUUGUGGUGAAAUUAUUGCGUUUGCAUGGAUCUUAUCGACUGGAUCAACUUGGGAGAAGAGAGACAGAAAAUGGUCUCGUAGAGGCUGUUGCUGUUCUAAUUUCUAAGAUGCCACGCAUGCGUCCAGCUAUAGAUGCUGGAAAACAUGGUGAAUGUUUUAAAGCGAAGCCUGACUUUGUGAAGGCAUGGGAAAGAUGGCGCGCACAGAUAACUAAAUUGGAUUCUAGUGCAUUCUGGGUUCAAUGUGAUAAUCGUCAGACCCGGGAAGGAUUGAAAAAUGUGCUCCAGAUCAUGCUUGGAAAUGUCGACGUUCUCUGCUCUGCUACUUGUCAUUGGAUGGAGUUAUAUAUAUCGCACUUUCUGUACAUAAGACCUUUCACUGCGGGUCUUGAAAGCAUGUACAGCUUGGCUCAGAACUGUAUUCGGUUGAAACAUACAUCGAAUCCCCAUAAGUUGAUGCGACUCAUGAUUGGAAUUCUGGGGGAGAAUAAUGAGGUCGUGUUAUCAGAAUGCUCAAGAGGGUUUGGUACUUGGAUGGUGGCCCACGCCAUAGAGCUCUUGACUGCUGGGAGCAACGAAGCUGAUUUUCUUGUACACGAGGAGCGUGAAAACUUGGGUGGGAUCAGUUUGGAGGAACUCCAUCGGCUUGUUUAUGCUCAACUUCUAUCUUCUCAUCUAUUAACUUGGCAAAUCGCCCCUAUUUAUUUAACAUCGUGCAUGAGACAGGGAAUGGGUAUGCUUGAGAUUUUACUGCUCAAGCAGCCGGUUCAGGAAAAUCAAGUGCUGCUGAAGAAUCUGGAGAUUUGUAGGCUCUAUGAACUUGAUGGUGUCAGCUCACGCCUUAUGGAGAUUUCUGGAAUGUACCACUGGAAACACGGUAGGAAAGGAUGCGCUGUUUUCUGGCUACAGCAGGCACAGGAUGAGGUUCGUCUCAGCAAGAUUGCUAGCCAGUUGUUUGAAUCUGUUGGAAAGUCAAUAUCUGGAGAAAGCUUCAAGCAAUGGGAAGGUCUGAUUGAAUUGUUGGGUUCAGAAGGGCAGCCAGCUGGUGGUCUCGAUUUCCUCCACAAGUACAGGGAUUUCAAGAAAUGCCUUCAGCAUGCUGACAGCAAGAAAGAUGCAGAUGCUGCUCGUCAAGCAGUAGAAUCACUUAUGUCGCUAAUGAGGAAUGCUUCGACGCCUCAGCGUUUCUGGUUGCCCAUUCUCUACGAUGCCGUGAAGCUGCUAAGCUGGGAUAAGAGGCCUCUUAUAAAUGUUAGCCAGACGAAUCUAUUGCUGAAUAAACUACAGGAGCUGUCAUUGGCAAGACUCCGUCCGGACUUUGUAGAGCCCGAGUUGCCAACCCACGCUCUGAACCAUGUGCGAUAUUCGCUGGCUACGAACCUUGGGCGCGCUAUCCUUGAAGAAUCAUGAUCGAUAGAAAUGCUCUUUAUGGAAUGGGGAGGGGAAGAAAUGUGUUUGUUUCGUGUUCAAGUUCCGACGAUUCCCUCGGCCGAGUCAGGCAUGUCUGAACAUAUAAUGGCAGAUUGUAUCAGUUAAAUCGAUGUAAUCAAUGAACUGUUCCGUUAAUCUCAUUGGGUUGAUCUUUUGCGGUGAAGUUUGCAAGAUUGUCACGAAUUGUAGUCCCCACUUACAAUAAUACAAAGCUA